AUGUUGAUUCCUCACCACCAACACCACCACCACCAUCAGCAUCAAUAUCACCACCAAACUGUUGGUCAACAACAACAGUUUAACACUAGUAAUUUAUCACCAAAUUUAAUGCAAGAUAAAACACCAGAGAAAAUGGUCUGUGGUAUUAUACUCAAUAACUGGAAAUCUCGACACAAUACGAAACUGUUGAUGAGAAAAGCUCUCAAUGAUACUGAUUCUAUUGCUGCUGGUUCGAUAUUUAAAUCAGCUGAUAUUGGUGGUGGCACAACAUGUCUUGGUAUUCAAAAGAAGAAAAAAACUCUUGAUAACAAGGGUAAAUUCAAAUUUCACCAAUAUCAAGCUCCUCACGGUAAUGGUUUCGAUUCGUUUUAUUCGAAUACUUUAUCAUGUUCAGCUCAAUCUGAUGUGAAAAAGGUGAAUAAUAAGGCACUUUCUUUGACUCACAUUGAAAGCAACAAACAAUCUGUAAAUAGCCACAAUAGUCCAUACAUUGAAAAACAAGUAGUGUUCAAAUUUGCAACACUUCCACAUCAAACUGCCAGCCAUCAUGUGAAAUCAGUAAGCUCAACUGUCAUUGCCUCAACCAACAUGUACACCUCAUGUGGUACAAGCUCUACAAGUAGCAGCACAACGAGUAGUAGCAACACUAGUUCACAAUUAAAUUCAAGAUCCAAUCAAUUAAUUAUGGAUGAUGAUUAUAACAAUCAUUAUCAAAGAGUAGCUACUCUUCAAACUGCACCAAUCAAUUCCAAUAAUAAUAACAAUCAGUGGUGGAAUUCUUUCGAACUUCCACAAAUUAACAGUUGUCAUCAAGCUACAACAACUACCUCUUCAGAACCAUUACCAAGUUUUUCACAAUUAAUAAACACUCUUGGUAUUUAA